AUGCCAUCGAACCCUCAUUAUGAUUUCUUAAUCAAAUUACUUUUGAUUGGAGAUUCUGGUGUUGGAAAAUCUUGUUUAUUACUUCGGUUUUGUGAUGAUGCUUAUACACCUAGUUUUAUUACUACAAUUGGAAUUGAUUUUAAAAUUCGUACAAUCGAACUUGAUGGCAAACGUAUCAAAUUACAAAUCUGGGAUACAGCAGGUCAAGAAAGGUUUAGAACUAUUACGACUGCUUAUUAUAGAGGAGCGAUGGGAAUUCUAUUGGUUUAUGAUGUAACAGAUGAUAAAUCGUUUACUAAUAUUCGUACUUGGCAUUCUAAUAUCGAUCAACAUGCAUCUGAAGGAGUUAAUAAGAUUUUGUUAGGUAACAAAUGUGAUUCGACAGAUAAAAAGGUUAUCUCGGAAGAACAAGGACGUGAAUUAGCUACUGAACUUGGGAUUUCAUUUAUGGAAACAUCAGCUAAAACAAACACGAACGUUGAAGAAGCCUUCUUUUCAUUAGCUAGAGAUAUUAAAACUCGACUGAUUGAUACGGCUGGACCUGAUCAGUCUUCUGGUUCUAAUCCUAAUGGAUCUUCAAUUACUGUUAAUCAAUCUGGUACUGCAGGAGGUAAAACUGGUUGUUGUUAG